AUGGAUUUGAAUUACGUAAAAUGCAGAGGCUGGUUUGUUCUGCCACUCCUUCUGCCGUAUAUUCUAUGUGGGUUGCUUCUUCUGUAUCGGGGGUCGGAGCGCAAUGACGCAGUGGUGCGAGAGAAGGGACAGGGGGGAGGCAUCCUCACGCUGGGAGGUUUGCUCUCAGGUGGAGUCAAUUUGAAUGUAACGAAAGGGGGAGAUGUUAGGAGAAAAUGUGACAGCUCUACCAAGGAGGAUGGUCAUAUAAAUAAUAGCGUUAGCCAGAGGGAAGGAUCAACUUCACUGGGGUUUAGUCCCUUUAACAACUGUUUUCUUCUGCCCCCCAAUAAGUACACGACGAGGAGAAUCCUCGCGUCUGCCAAGGAGGACAAUCCAGAAGAAUCAACCAAUGGUGUACCUAAAUCAGAUGAUACCUUCCAAGGAAGCGUGUUAAAUGUGUAUUUCACCGAGAACAAAAAUCUGUAUACAAAUGUGAAAGUCGGAGGACAGCCUUUGAAGCUGGCACUGAACAGUAGGGUGGAGGGCAUAUAUGUAUUUAUGAAGGAUUCGCAAGCCUGUUACGUAGGUGAGGAGGAGAAUAAUAGAACCUGUUACGAUCCGAAGAUGUCUAAGAAUUCUACCUGGUGCAACAACGAUCUUCUGUGCCUUCCGGCCAUUUUGUCGAGGCCAUACGAAUGCUACAGCGAAAGCAGUUUGCUUCUGGAGAACAAGGCGGAGUACCCCAGCAUGUAUUAUGAUUCGUUAAAAUUUACAGAGAGCCACGUGGAGGGAUCAGACGAUGUGGAGAUACUGGAUUUGGCAAGGGUGGGCAAGGCGGCUGGUGUAGCAGAUGAGGCAAAGGGGGAGGACAACACCUUUCAGAAUAUGGAUGUGAAGCUCGUCACGGACCUCAGCCAGUACAACGGGUGGAGCCUAUUCAAAGACACCGACGGGAUGAUGGGGCUGGCAGGAAGGGAACUCAGUUGCAGGCAUGUCAGUCCGUGGAACACUAUCGUCGAGAAAAACAAUUCUUUAUACGCCUUAGAUGUAAAUUUGCCCGAAGGUUCAGUGAAACCGUUCGUGGAGUCAGCUAGCCAAAAAGACGCCCCCAAAGGUGGUUCAUCUUAUGGUAAGUUUGUCCCGAAUAAAGCAGGCACAAACAAAGCAGAUGCAGCAACCGAACCGAAUGGAAGCACAUCUGAAAUACAUAUAGGAGAUUAUAAAAAGAACUUUGGGCCAAUCGUAUGGUCCGAGCCGAGAGAAAGAGGAGGAAUUUUCUCCGAUUCGUUCAUGCAGUUUACCUUGUACAAUUUAGAGGUGUGUGAAAAAAAUAUUUUUGGUAAGUACAGUAGCAACUGGCAGGGGGUAAUAGACCUGAGCAGCAAAUGUUUGGUCCUCCCAAAGAUGUUUUGGCUGAGUCUUAUGGAGUACCUACCGGUGAACAAGAAUGACGAGAGGUGCAUUCCGAAGAGCAAGGAAGUGAACUUCGAUGAGAGUACCAUACCGAGGAUGUGUUCUGUGGAUGCCAGGAAUAGGCCGCUGCCCGUGUUGAAAUUCUAUCUGUCGGAUAACGACACCGUGAGUGACAACAACAUUGGGGAGAGUAGCGGUGCAAGUAACGGUGCAAGUAACGGUGCAAGUAACGGUGCGAAUAACGGUGCACGUAGUAGAAACAUUCAGGAGGUCCAUAUCCCCCUGGACAACCUUAUCAUUAACGAGGAGGGCCAGAACGACGGCUACCUCUGCGUGCUGCCAGAUGUGCACGAAGGAGUAUCCAGUGAAAACAGCGGAAGGACCACCAAGCCGUUAGUUAAGUUUGGCACCUACGUAAUUAGUAACUUUUAUGUAGUGGUAGAUCAGGAGAAUUACAGAGUUGGGUUCGCUAACAAGAAGGAAUACCACUACACAAACGAUAGAUGCACAAAGAGGGCCCAGUGUAUAGGGAACCAGUUUUACGAGCCAGCCUUGAAUAUCUGCGUGGACCCUGACUGCUCCGUAUGGUACUUUUACACGCUAAACGAGGAAACGAAGAAGUGUGAAUCCAUUUCGUCCCGCUUCUACGUCUUCUUGUUCAUCCUGCUGCUGCUCCUACUGUUAGACAUACAGUCGUAUUACUUCUACAGGAAGUCGGUGCACGUGGCAAAGGUGUCCUCGCGGUAG